CAAGGGGUCCAGCUCCUCAGGGGAGGAGGACGGGAGGAACCCUCGCCCCAGGCCCUGGAAGAGCAGCAGGCAGGCGGGGCACUCCUUGCCUGCCCCUGGAUCUGGUUCGUGUUUAAAGGACUCAUUUCCGCCCAUGCGGGAGAAGGGCCCAAGAAUGUCGUCCCAGGCAGCAGGGAACCAGACCUCGUUCUCAGGGGCAGCAGAUGAUGACUACGACAGCUGGUACAUCGAUGAGCCCCAGGGGGGCGAGAAGGUCCAGCCAGAGGGGGCUGUGCCCUCCUGUGACCCCGGUGUGCCACUCGCCCUGUUCCAUGCCUGCCUGGCCUCGCUAUCGAUCCUCGUGCUGUUGCUGCUGGCUGUGCUGGUGAGGCGCCACCAGCUCUGGCCUGGCUGUGGGCAUGGCAGGCCCAGACUGCCCAGCCCCGUGAAUUUCUUGGCUGGGGACAGACCCCAGACAGUGCCUGCUGCUGUCUUCAUGGUCCUCUUCAGCUCCCUGUGUUUGCUGCUCUCUGACAAGGACCCGCUGCCCUUCCUGAGUCUUGCCUCACUGCCCAAUGCAGAUGGGGAAGCCAAGACUCCAAGAGAGUCCUGGAAGAUUCUGGCCCUGCUCUAUUAUCCUGCUCUCUACUACCCUUUGGCUGCCUGUGCCACAGUCGGGCAUGGAGCUGCAUACCUGCUUGGCAGCGCACUAUCCUGGGCUCACUUUAGCAUCCAGGUCUGGCAGAGGGCAGAGUGUCCCCAGACACCUAAGAUUUACAAGUACUACUCGCUACUGGCCUCCCUGCCUCUCCUGCUGGGCCUUGGAUUCCUGAGUGUGUGGUACCCGGUGCAGCUGGUGCGAAGCUUCAGCCACAGGACAGGAGCAGGUUCCAAGUCUCCACAGGGGCUGCACAGCAGCUACUCCGAAGAGUAUCUGAGGAGUCUCCUUCGCCAAAAGAAGCAGGAAAGCAGGGCAGGAGCUUUACCUGUGGUCUCUCCUGCCUGCCUGGGUCUUUGCAGCUGCUGCCAUACCUCCAAGCAUGGCUUCCUGGCCCGGUUCUGGAGCUGCUGCCAAGGCUACACCUACACUCCACAGCCAGGAUUCCGCCUCCCCUUGAAGUUGGUGAUCUCAGUCACCUUGACAGGGACAGCCAUUUACCAGGUGGCUCUGCUACUUCUGGUGAGCGUGGUUCCUACCAUGCAGAAGGUGAGGGCAGGGGUCACCAUGGACAUCUCCUUCUUGCUGGCUGGCUUUGGGAUCGUGCUUUCUGAAGACAGGCAGGAGGUGGUGAAGCUGGUGAAACAUUACCUGUGGGCUCUGGAAGCUUGCUACAUCUCCGCCUUGGUCUUGUCUUGCGCACUCACCUUCCUGCUCCUGAUUCGCUCGCUGACAACGCACAGGGCCAAUCUUCAAGCUCUGCACCGAGGGGCUGCCCUGGACUUGGGUCCCCCGCUCCAGAGCACUCGACCGUCCCGCCAGGCGGUGUUCUGUUGGAUGAGCUUCUGUGCCUACCAGACUACCUUCACCUGCCUUGGGCUCCUGGUGCAGCAGAUUAUCUUCUUCCUGGGGACCACAGCCCUUGCCUUCCUGGUGUUCAUGCCUGUACUGCACGGCAGGAACCUCCUGCUCUUACGAUCCCUGGAGUCUUCAUGGCCCUUCUGGCUGACUUUGGCCCUAGCUGUGACCCUGCAGAUCAUAGCAGCCCAUUGGGUCUUCCUGGAGACUCACCAUGUACACCCAGAGCUAACCAACAGGCGAGUGCUCUACGCUACCACCUUUCUCCUCUUUCCCAUCAACAUGCUGGUGGGUGGGGUGGUGGCCACCUGGCGAGUGUCCCUCUCCGCCCUUUAUAACACCGUCCACCUCAGUCAGAUGGACCUCAGUCUGCUGCCACCAAGAGCUGCCACUCUGGACCCCGGCUACUGCACAUACAGAAACUUCCUGAAGAUGGAGGCCAGCCAGUCGCAUCCCGCCGUGAUGGCCUUCUGCACACUGCUACUUCCAGUGCGGAGCCCCCAGCCCCCGGCCCCAGCAGGCCCCAAAGGCAACCUCAGAACUGGGGAGGAAGAAGAAGGGAUGCAGUUGCUACAGACAAAGGACCCUAUGGCCAAGGGAAUGGGACCUAGAGCCAGCCGAAGCAGGGCCCGCUGGGGUCUGGCCUACACACUACUGAACAACCCAGCCCUGCAGGCCUUCCGGAAGACAGCCCUGUCAGGUGUCCAGGCCAACGGUGCUCAGGCCUGAGGGCAAGGAAAGCAGCCCACCUGCCCCGAGUGGCUGGAAGAUUCCCCAGCUGUGGGGCCUGAAAGGAAGACCAUGAGGAAGACAUGGGCUCCUGCCCGGUGGCAAAGUCACAGCUCAGGCCCCACACCGAGCUGCCCACUCCUGAAAGCUGGCUAUUUUUGUAGUUUUUAUGCAUUUAGCUAUUAUGAAAGAGGUUAGUGUGUUCCUGGUAAUAAACUUGUCCCUGA